UGUGUGUAUGUACACGCAGUCAGCAAGAGAGACGCACACACACACACACAGAGAGAGAGAGAGAUACAGGGAUACAGAAGACACAGCAGUAAUGAAUGGAGCCUUGCUGACAGAGGGCUGUAUAUUUGAAUUAUCAUCACAAGCGAGUGACCGUUACAGCCGUUGGGAUUUGUCCGUUUAAAGGUUCAGCGAGUCGCGCGAGGGUGAUCAAGACUGCAGAGAGACCAUGAGAAGAGGAGUCAACCUGAACACACAGUCUUGAGGAGACACACCUGAACAGACAGGAAGUGUCAUCCGUCCUCCCUUGUUCACAGUCCAGUGUUUUAAACUGCUACUAUCCAGCCUGACCGGUGGUGGUGUUGGUCAGACAGCGGGCAGUGCCAUGCCCCAGGCGUGAGUGCUUGUCCCCCGGCAGACUCAGGCGAGGUGGUGGGCCCCCGGUGGGCAUCUGGCUGCGGGAGGUGAUGAAGCUAAAGCAGCGUGUGGUGGUGCUGUUCGCUGUGCUCUUUCUCCUCGGCCUGGCGAAAGUCUUCCUGCUAGAUGGAGGGGAGGGAUCGGCCGCCAGUCGUCGUGACCUCCGCGCCUUCCGCAAGAUGGAGGCCAGCCUGUCUCUUGCCAAAGGAGCCCGUCUCACACACACCCUGCAGUCACCCUGGGAAGUGGCCGCCCAGUGGGUCGGGCCACGGGAGGUGUUUCCAGACGAAACACCCGAGCUAGCCGCCGUGCUGAAUGCCCUUGGCACCGCUCGUGUAGAGAGAGCAGAUGUCGGCUAUAAAGGCACCCAGCUGAAAGCCCUGCUGGUGCUCGAUGGAGGACAGAAAGUGGUUUUUAAACCCAAGAGGUACAACCGAGAUUAUGUGGUCGAAGGAGAGCCAUAUGCAGGGUACGAUCGACAUAAUGCAGAAAUCGCUGCUUUUCACCUGGACAGGAUCCUGGGUUUUAGGAGAGCGCCCCUGGUGGUGGGGAGGUUUAUAAAUCUGCGUACAGAGAUAAAGCCAGUAGCUACAGACCAACUGCUAAGCACUUUUCUGAUGCAUGGAAAUAAUUCAUGCUUCUAUGGGAAGUGUUAUUACUGUCGUGAGACUGAGCCUGCGUGUGCAGAGGGGGAUAUAAUGGAGGGAUCGGUUACCCUCUGGCUCCCUGACGUCUGGCCACUACAGAAACACAGACACCCCUGGGGACGGACAUACCGAGAGGGCAAACUGGCCAGGUGGGAGUAUGAUGAGAGCUACUGCGAGGCUGUGAAGAAAAUGCCUCCUUAUGAUGCCGGUCCACGGCUACUGGAUGUCAUCGACACAGCCAUCUUUGAUUACCUUAUCGGCAAUGCUGAUCGCCAUCACUACGAGAGUUUCCAGGACGAUGGCGGAGCCAGCAUGCUCAUCCUUCUGGACAAUGCUAAAAGUUUUGGAAACCCUGCUCUGGAUGAGAGGAGUAUUCUCGCCCCUCUUUAUCAGUGCUGCAUGGUCCGUGUUUCCACUUGGAACAGGCUAAAUCUGCUAAAAGGAGGAGUGUUGAGUUCAGCAAUGCGACAGGCCACGGCCCACGACCCCGCCUUUCCAGUGCUGACGGGGCCACAUCUUGCCGCACUCGACCGACGUCUCAAUGGAGUGCUCACCAUUGUGAGGCAGUGCAUGGAGACACAGGGCGCAGACAACACUCUGAUCGAGGACCGCAUGAACCUGCCUCAUCCUUAAAGACAUUGAAGGCCAGAGGAGGAGAGAAACAAGGUGAAAAUGUGUUUGUGGAGCAUUGAACAUUGACUCUUAAUGCACAGGCUCCUUUCACAUUCUCUUCAGGCUGCGUAGCUGGCGACCUGAAGGUCACCAGAAGCCUUAGGAGAUGACUUGGAGGAGAAUGUGGAGCUGUUUGUUUUUCAAUGGAUUAGUUCAAGCCAGACCACAGGCCAACAUUUCCUUUUAGCAUUUUUCCUUCUGGUUUGUUCUCCUUGAUCUUUUCUUUUUGCCAUCCAGGGCCAUUUUCAGGAGGACUGGAGGUAUGUCUGUUUUUGUUACUAAAACAGAACUUGCAAUUUGAUAUCUGGCCUAACAUUAAGACUCAGGAAAAUGGAAAAAUGUUCCAGGGGUCAGUCACCAUUGCACAUCAAAUAAGGGAACGCAAGACUAUUAACAGACUUUUUGAAAGUUCUUUCCACUUAAACUGUACAUAGAGUACAGAACAAGUUUUUGAACAGAACUGACUGAGUAAUAAUAUUGACUUAAAGAUAAAAUGAGAGUUAUGAUUGAUUCAUUGUGUUCGUAUUGUACAGAGCUGGGAUGUUAUUGCUACUGAUGUUCAACAAAGCAUUGAAAGGCUGCUGUGAGAAAUUUUCAACAUUAAAAAUUAAUAUUUAAAACUUACUAAAGUUUACUCUUUAAGUGUAUGAGCCCUUUGUUCACAGUUAAGGUGUUGUCACAUUUACCUUCGCACUGCAAAUUUCCAUGGUCAUUUCAAUCGGAAACCGCAUGAUCGUGAAUUUCAUGCAAUGGACUAUCGGUGGCAAAGAAUUUCCCUUCAUGGAUUUUGCGCGGAGUUCAAGUUUGGUGAAUUUUGACAGGCGAGUUCACCACAUUGACCAAUAGGAAGUUACUUGGUUUAGCAGUGACCUCUGUGUGGGCGGGGCUUCGUACAUAGCUACACUGAAUAUUAACAAUGAACAAUAUACCGUGAAUUAUUCCAUUGGAAUACACUUGAAAUCUCUUGUCUUUCUCCUCAAAUCCCUAAUUACUAUUUCUAAUCACUGGUAGCAUUCUUUACUGUGGAAGUGUUUCUAAUGUAGAGAGAUACUUCAUUAUUUAACUGUCAAAGUGAUGGAAAGCAUUUGAAUUAUUCAUCAUUGUUUUUACAAUUCGUUAAAUGACUGAGAAUUUUCAGUCACCAGCAUUUGUUUAUAGAUGACACUAGUUUUGAUAUUUUGUUAUCUAAUGCAAUGACAUUCAUUUUAAGUGUCCAAAUACAUUUUGAGGCCGUUGUACUACCAACCUCAUCAUCUCUCUCCGUCGGUUUACUGGAAACAGUUGGUAUUAACAGCAAAUGUAGACUCCAGUUUCAUGAGGUGCCUAUCAUUAAUCAUUUCAUAUCGUCAGUGACUAAUACUGAAACGAUAGAGAGUUUUGAUCAAAGGAUAUUUCUGUUGAUAGGAAAUGACGUUUUAUUUUUAUAAAAACACCUCUGUGCUCUUAACCCCACGAUUAGUAUUUGAGACCACCAUCCUCGAUCACAACAUGGUCUGAUGUUUGUUAGUUUGUACAUGUCUUUCCUUCACUUGGCUAUGGAAUUUCCAAUGUGUCUCUGCUGCACGUGUAGCUAGCGUUAUCUGUGUUAUCACUUCAGUGCACUCAGUUUUCUCUUUCCCUCCAGUCACAUCUGAACUUGACUGGCUGUCCUAAAUAUAUGAUGCCUCAAACUACUUGCUCAUCUAAGGCUCUCAGGCUUGACCACCCACCUAUGUGGGCUGUGAGCUUGGUUGAGAUAAACUGCUGAUAUUGACUUUAAUUAGGUCACUCUCUCUACGUGAAGGAAGAUCCUGUUAAAGUAGAUUAACAGAAGGGGGAAACCCUAGUGGUCUGUUCAGAGCCCCUGAUGGGAAGUUAUGGUGGAGAACACAAUAAAUAUCAUUGCAAUAAAAAGCCUUAUAAAAGGAAAGAGAUGUCACGUAACAAAUGAUUGUAAGAAACAGACAACGUAGUAUCGAAACCAAAGAAAUGUGAAUACAAUUGUUCAAUAAAGAAUAAAUUGAUGCAACCAUGCAUCAACAUUUCAUGCGGUUGUCCAGGUGUUAUGGCAUUGUCAGCUGAUACGAAUAUAAAUUGGUUAAUGGUAAUUUCAUACAUAUGGAACAGGUGCAUCAAAUCUGUAAUAGGCUUACUAAUCUGAAGCACAGGUUUAUGCCCAGAACAGCCUGUUGGAGAAUUUUAGCUUUGAUAUGACAUGUCUCAUCUGUUGAUGUAUACCAGAGACCUGAGGAAUAGAAAUAAGCUUGUUCCUGACAGUCGAUAUUUACUACAGCAACCCUGAUUUCCAUUUAAGGAAUAGGUUCUCCAAAUAUUCAUUAUAGCAGUUAUAAGAGUUAGUCCAAUCCACUUUUUCUUAGAAUUAAAGUGAGUCGUUACCACUGCUGUCCUUUAAGAUGUUCAAGCCAAGUGAAGAAAGGAAUAAAGGGAUAGUUCACCCAAAAAUGAUAAUACUCUCAUAAUUUACUCACCCUCAUGCCAUUCCAAACUCGUGUGACUUUCUUUUGCAAAAUACAAAAACUUUGAUAUUUUGAUGAAUGAGGUGUUUUUUACAUUCAACGCAAGUCAACGGGGAUCAAAGCUUUCAAGCUUCAAAAAGCACAUAAAGGCACCUGACUCAAAUGGUGUAUUCCACGUAUUCUAAAACAAUAUGAUAGCUUUGGGGGGGAAAACAGGUCAAAAUUUAAGUCCUUGUUCACUAUUAAUCUUGACAUCUUGCAGGGGCCUGGGUAGCUCAGUGGUAAAAUACGCUGGCUACCACCCCUGGAGUUCGCUAGUUCGAAUCCUAGGGCGUGCUGAGUGACUCCAGCCAGGUCUCCUAAGCAACCAAAUUGGCCCGGUUGCUAGGGAGGGUAGAGUCACAUGGGGUAACCUCCUCGUGGUCGCUAUAAUGUGGUUUGUUCUCGGUGGGGCGCAUGGUGAAUUGAGCGUGGUUGCCGAGGUGGAUGGCGUGAAGCCUCCACACACGCUAUGUCUCCGUGGCAACGCGCUCAACAAGCCACGUGAUAAGAUGCGUGGGUUGACUGGAGGCAACUGGGAUUCGUCCUCCGCCACCCGGACUGAGGCCAAUCACUAUGCGACCACGAGGACUUAGAGCGCAUUGGGAAUUGGGCAUUCCAAAUUGGGAGAAAAAGAGGAAAAAUCCCCCCCCCCCCCCCCCCAAAAAAAAUCUUGACAUCUGGCCCAAUUGGAACAUAGUGCAGGUUUCGAGAUGAUGAUUCUUUGAUGAUGCACAUGAUUGUCAGGUACUCAAUCGCGGUGUCAAUGUAUAUCAAUUAUACAGUUUAGGCGUUUAACCGGUAGGCGGCCGCUAAAAAUAUAUAUAUUUACCCCGCAAGCCGUAUGGAGUACUUUUAUGCUGCCUUUGUUUUUUUGGAGCUGGAAAAUUUUGGACAUCAUUGACAAAACCGGCUGAGACAUUCUUUAAAAAAAUCUUUGUUUUUUCGCAGAUUAAAGAAAAUCAUACGAGUUUGAGACGGCAUGAGGGUGAGUGAGUACCGAAUGAUCAUUUUUGGAUGAACUAUUCCAUUAAAUUGCAGUUUGUUCCUCACACAGAUGGGUCAUAAGACCUAGAAUAUAGACUCUUUUGUGACGUAAACACUAACAAAGGUACUGUCCUGAACUGCCAAAACAAAAUGACUAGCGUGUCUGACUAAAACAGAACAAAUUAGAUAUGUGCAAAAACUGAAAAUUAACAAUGAGGUGUCAUGACCAGAUCCUUUAAAUAAGACUUUGAGGCAACAUUUUUCAUACAUUUACCUGAAGUUACUUAUCCAGAUGUAUACUAUUAUCUUGUUGACACUGAGUGCAUCUACAUGAGAGAGGCAAUGAAAGCAUAUCAUAGUUUAGAUGAUUACAAAUAUUUCCUUAGCAGAAAGGUUGGGAAUAUUUGAUCACUCUUACUAUAAUCAGUGAAGCUGUUAACACUGCAAGUGCAUGACUUGUGCAGCUUCAUUCAUUAAAAUGGGAGCGACCUAUUAGGUCACUUUUAAAGCCUGUAAAGAAAGACUCUGACUUACUGUAUUUAGCCAGCAAGUCUCUACCUAUUAAAUACAGUUAGUUUGCAAAAAUGUAGUUCACUUACCAAAGAUAGAAUGUGUGCUACACAUCCUACAGUUGUUAGUACUGUACGUACCCAUUCAUCUCACUUCACUGCUGCAAUCCAUGCGUGCAUUUGUUUCGUUUUCCGGAAAUCUCUUUAAUCACCUAACACUUUAGGUGCACCCAAAACCGUACACUUUUGCACUAUUCUACAUCAUUUCGUAGUAGAAGUAGUGCGAGUAGUAUGUUAACAUUGAAAAUGCAACAAAAAGAAGUGUACUAUUAGUACCCAGAUGAUGCACUUCUUCAACCGUCAAAACAGUACGUAGCCAAAGGGGUAAAGUUACCUGGCUGUUUUGCUGGUCUGACAAAACGAUUGUUAAUAACAGAGAAUGUAGCAAAUGGCGAAACUUCAGUGAAGACAACACCUUACAAAUGUGUGUUAAAUGCUUUUCUAUCACCCCAUGUUAUGUGAAUAUGUACAUUGUUAGAGAUACAAGUAUUGAACUGAGGUUGGCUAAUGUGGCAAAGCUAGCGGUAACACAUCGCAUGCAUUUGAAACGUUGCUUCAGUCAGCUGUUAAAUGGUGAAUGCUUCCGUGUUGUAAAAAACUGUUAAGUGUUCCAUUUGGGACAGUGCGACACUUUGAAAAUUCAUACACCGCAAGGCUGAGUGCAUAGUGUAUAGUGCGUCAUUUGGAAUACAGCUUUUGAUUUUCGUUAGUUCCAGGCAUCCAGGGAGAAUCCAGCCACCAAACAACAUGGUCCAAAUUUUAAUGUUGACAUUGAUGUGACAAUCUUGUUUGCGUUGCCAACAGGGCCACGCACAGACAUUUUGGGGGGCAGUGGCCCAAAACCAUGAAAGGACACCCCCAACACACAUUUAAUUACUAUUAGUGUAUCAUCUCUUAUAAUCAUUCAGUGGAGACAAUUGGAGACCAACUUUGAAUUUCAAUUUACCUGCAUAUUUUUCUUGUCCAUGUUGUUCUCAUUGUCGUAAGCAACUCAGAAUUAUAAAUGAAGGUGAAUGUUUUUAGUAUAUCUAACCUUAGAUUUUUCUCAAACCAUUCUGUGGACCAGAUUGGACUCAAUCUGCACGAGCCAUGUGAUUGACACCAGUGAUAUUAAUGUCUGAUCUCUUGUCUGAAGGAAAUAAAGGUAAU